AGUCCGGAGUCCGGACGGGAAAACAGUAAGGGAGGACUUUCGCCCCCGACGGCGGUCGGAAGACGAUGUGGGUCUUAUCAUGCUACACCGCUGCUUAUCCUGCGUACACACUAAGACCUUCUAUACUCAAACCGGCAGUUCCUUCGAGUUGUAGAGUCUCACUUCAGCUUCACCAUCACCAUGACCACCCCUUCGUCCCGGAGGUUGCAAAAGCUGUGGAUUCCUUGUACUCAGAGUUCAGAGCUGUGGAUAAUUUGGUAGCUCACAAUACCUCUCGUGUUCUUAAAGCUUUUCAGGGUGCUCGGGUUGGAUCUCAUCACUUUGCUGGAUGCACGGGCUAUGGUCAUGAUGAAGCUGGGGGACGUGAAGCACUUGACCAAGCCUUUGCAGAAAUUUUUGGGGCUGAAUCUGCAAUAGUUCGCUCACAGUUUUUCUCUGGUACUCAUGCUAUAACUUGCGCACUGUUUGCUUUUCUAAGACCAGGGGAUGAGCUUUUGGCAGUUGCUGGGGCUCCUUAUGACACCUUAGAGGAAGUUAUUGGGAAGAGGGACUCUCAUGGUCUUGGUUCUUUGAAAGAUUUUGGAGUGACAUAUCGAGAAGUUCCUCUUGCUGAAGAUGGUGGGCUUGACUGGGAUGCACUUGCAGGUGCUUUGAGACCUAAUACAAAAUGUGCACUCAUACAAAGAUCUUGUGGUUAUUCAUGGCGUCAGAGUCUAAGUGUAAAUGAGAUAGGGAGGGCAAUAAAGAUGAUCAAGAUGCAGAAUCCAAAAUGCUUGGUCAUGGUGGAUAAUUGCUAUGGUGAAUUCGUGGAAAGUAUUGAACCUCCAAUGGUGGGUGCAGAUUUGAUAGCAGGGAGUUUGAUAAAAAAUCCUGGUGGAACUAUUGCGCCUUGUGGUGGAUAUGUUGCUGGGAGAAGAGAAUGGGUUGAAGCUGCAGCAGCUCGUCUCUCAGCACCAGGCCUUGGGAUUGAUUGUGGCUCAACUCCGGGUUACAUAAUGCGAUCCUUUUUCCAGGGCUUGUUUCUUUCACCUCAAAUGGUUGGUGAGGCAGUCAAGGGAUCCUAUCUGGUAGCUGAAGUUAUGGCAGCCAAAGGGUAUAAGGUGCAGCCACUGCCUCGUGUUCCUCGUCAUGAUACUGUACAGCAUCAGAAUCAAGUUUCUUCUGCUCAACUGCAUCAUGGAACAGGGAGGAAAACUCACUUGCUUUUUGAUGUUCUUCAGGCAGUACAGUUAGGAAGCCGUGAACAUCUCCUUGCUUUCUGUGAGGCUGUGCAGAGAAGCUCACCUGUGGGUUCAUUCACUAAACCAGUUGCUGGGACAACAGCAGGAUACGCAUCAGAGGUGAUCUUUGCCGAUGGAACCUUCAUUGACGGGAGUACAAGUGAGCUCUCCUGUGAUGGUCCACUAAGGGAACCAUUUGCUGUGUUUUGCCAGGGUGGUACACAUUGGACCCAGUGGGGACUAGUUCUGGGAGAGGUUCUGAAAUCCAUUUGAAUGAAAAAGUUUUUUGGGCAGAGUUUGUUGAGCUGCUGCAUUAUCAAGUGACAUCCUUGACAUAACAUUCAGCUGUAAGAGACAGAAUUGCAUUCUGAAACCAUGGAAGGAACCAGGAGAGGAGAGUUUUUGAUUAUCCUUGGACAAGGGAUGACAGAAAAACCAGGGUCUUAAUUUGUAAUGUAACUAGAAAGUUGGAUUGCAUGCCCCACUGGUAUAUUUGAUGGAAAUAAUCUACAACCUUUUUGUCACUUAUCAUUCUGAUUCUGAUGGGAUCGUGUACCGUUAAAGUUGUCAACUCAAUUAGCAAUUUUCAUUUUCUUAAAGAAAUAAAGAAAAACCUAUAGA